AUGUUCGGCUCCACUCCAGCCGCGUCUACCGGCUCCACACUGGGACGAUCCGCGUCGUUCUCCUUCUCUCAACCACCAGCGAACAAACCUUUCUCUGGCACUUUGGGCGGAUUCUCUCUCGGAGGCGCUGCCAGCAAUACCGCCACAAGCACAGCAACGGCAAAUACAACCCCGUCUGCUGCUCCAGCAGCAGGUGGAUUCAGCUUUGGUGCCAAACCAGCUACGACAACGAGCACUGCGCCUGCAACAGGUGGCCUCUUUGGCGCCAGUACAACACAACAGCAGCAACCAGGGCAGCAGCAACAACUGCAGCCAUCAACAGGUUUCGGCGGUGGACUGUUUGGAGCAUCGAACAACACUGCUUCUACUUCGGGUGGUCUGUUUGGUAGCAAGCCCGCAGCACCAGCGGCUGGUGGAUUCUCUUUCGGCAACACGGCUUCGACAUUAACUGGCGGCCUAUUUGGCUCUUUCACACAGCAACCGCAACAGCAACAACAGCAACAACAACAACAACAGCAACAACAACGACCACAAAUCGCAUUCGGAGGCUUGCAAGGGCAAGCACAGAACCAGGCCGGGGCUCAAUCUCCAUUCGCGCGAUUCGGCUACUACCAGAAAGAGCGCUUCAAUGAUCUCCCCGACGAGGCAAGAAAGCUGGUUGAAGAGCUAGAAAGUCACAUCUCAACACAGACACAGCUGAGAGAGGAGCUCAAGACGAAAAACUUUGGUCAAGAGAUUCGAAAGUGCGCUGCUGAGUGGCACGAGCUUGACUCUGCCUUGAAAUCGCUCUCAGCAACCCUCGACACGGACGAGAACGAAACGAACGACGUUUGUUGCCUCCUCGAAGGUGAUCGCACCACAACCUCGACGCUCUACUCGAUCAUUGCCAACGCCAAGGAGGCUCGUUCCGAUGGCUCGUCUUUCGUCGAAUGGUUGCAGACCUUCUUCUCCGAUCUCGCGAUCGAAUACCGCGAUCGUAUCGCCCGAUACUCGAGCACGGUCGAGACGAUCCAACACCAUCUUGAGAGUUUGAACUGCAGAGAAACGUAUACACCGCAGGCUAUUUCAGAUGCGAUCCAUGCUCAGCAUGAAAGCUUUAUGACGUUGGCAGGAGAGGUGGCGCUAUUGCAUGCCGAGGUGGAGGCGUUGAAGAAGGACUAUGCCAAAUGGUACAAGGCGGUGAAUAGGAGUGUAAGGGAUCCGUUUGGCAGUAUGAGCGGGUUAAUGGCUAGUGUGCCUCCUGCGGCGUAG